UUAUCCCAAACCAGUGACGUUAUUGCCGUCUAUAAAUUAAAACCAUCAAUCACAAUUCACAACUUACAGAAAGCACACAAAAUAUCAGAAAAGCUAAAAAGCAUGGAAUCAAAAGAUAUGAAUCAAACGGUGAAGAUAGAUAAGUAUAGGUCUUUCUUGCAUGAAGAUGCAAAGAACGAUAAUAUAGUUUGGAGGCAUGGUGCUCCACCAACGUAUGAUGAUGUCAACAAACUCUUUGAACAAGGCAGGACAAAGGAAUGGGCAAAAGGGUCAUUAGAAGAGACGGUUCAAAAUGCAAUCAAGUCAUGGGAGAUGGAGCUUUCUCACAAACCUCGUUUGCAAGAUUUUCACACCAUAAAUCCUCAAAAGUUCAAGCUCUUUGUUAAUGGUAGGGAAGGUUUAUCUGGAGAGGAAGCCCUUAAGAUAGGAAGCUAUAAUGCAUUGCUAAAGACUUCAUUACCUAACAACUUCCAAUACUACAAAGCUGAUGAAGAAAGCUUUGAAUCAUCUCAUCAAGUAUUCCGGUCGGCAUUUCCCCGUGGUUUUGCAUGGGAGGUUAUAUGUGUUUAUUCAGGACCACCAAGUAUUGCUUUCAAGUUCAGGCAUUGGGGUUUCUUUGAAGGCCCUUUCAAAGCUCAUGCUCCUACCGGUCAUAUGCUCCAGUUUUAUGGUCUUGCCAUUCUUAAGGUAGAUGAAUCUCUACGUGUAGAGGAUGUGGAGAUCUAUUAUGAUCCAGCUGAAUUAUUUGGAGGGCUUUUGAAAGGAGAAGCAUCUCUUGGUUCUGGUUGUCCUUUGGGACAUUAAUUGAACUUGUUAUUGUUUGAAUUCCCUAUAAAUAAGAAAUUGUUUCUAAAUAAUAGCAAGUUGUGCCACAUAAUAAUCAUCAUAUUUUGGUUUACUUUUAUCAAAUUCCAAAUAUGCUUUUGAUGGAUUUAAGUGUAGUCAAGUACUACAAGAAAAUGUUAUACACAUAGUCAUCGAAGAUAAAUCUAAACUGUAGCACAAUAGUGUGUUUUAUUUGUUUAGUUUGUUAGCAAUGUAUGUAUUUGUCUUUAAAAGUAUCAAUCAAUUAUUCCUUGAAAGUA